AUGUGUGAAAAGCUUCCUUCCGAAAUUUUACGACAUGUUUUCAAGAUCAUAUACGAGGAUGGGCUAAAUGAUCGAGCAGAAAUGUUGGAAGAUCUUUAUACUUGCAUUCAAGUUAAUAAACGUUGGUGUGAAACUGCUAUGCCAAUUCUCUGGUCAAAUAUCAUCCCGUCAGCAAGUGUUAUCAACGUAUAUAUGUCCUUCUUUACUCCCGAUGAACGAAAUGAAUUAAUAUCCAAAGGAAUUCCAUUUCAAAAAAUUUCCACAAAACCAUCUUUAACCUUUUGUUAUCCAUCAUUCCUUCGAGUUCUUAAUUUACAUGAAUUUUCUUCUGCAAUAUUUCAUUGGUGUCUUCAGGAAUGUCCCCAACCAAUUUCUGCUCAAUAUAAUGUUUUGUUGCGUGGUUUACUCAUAAUUCUUGCGAGACAUUGUAAAACUUUACAACAGCUCCACCUAGAUCGUCGUUUGUUGCUAGAUAAUAUGCAUCAUGAAUUGUGGCUUUUGUUACAUGAAAUAACAACUCGAAAUUUGAUCUCUUCGGUUAGAAAGCUUUGCCUUGAUGUCAGAAAAAUUAUUAACGAAGAAUGUUUAAAAUUAUUGUGCAAGUCUUGUAGACAUUUACGAAUUCUUAAAGUUGACAUGACGUUAGUGGAACCUUUUUGGAGUUGGGAUUCACGAAUUGCACAACUAGUAUCUUCUCAAAAAUAUCUAAGUUCCUUUAUAAUGAAACGAGGCAAAUGUACGGAUGCAUUAAUUUCUGCAUUGGAAUUGCACGCAGAUUCUCUGCGACUUAUCCAUUUUCGUAGGGUGGAUUUUUCAAAAUGUACCUCAAUUGGCACUUUUAAAUCCAAUUGUAAAAACUUGGAAGUAUUAAUAAUCCAUGGCUGUAAAUAUUUGUCAGGGAAUGUGCGCGAAGAACUGAUUCACGCAUCAUUUCCCAAAUUGGUUGAACUUGAUGUUAACGGAACUGAUUUUGAUGGAACAAUGACUUCAUGGAAUAAUUGUGUGGGUAAACGUAAUGAACACCAAGAACUAAAAUUCUACUGA